UACGUGGUGGGUGUGAUACAUAUAUUUUUUCCCCUACCUUUUUUCUGAUGGUUUGAGUCUGAAAAGCAUUUGCUUGAAGGCUUUUUGUUUCCCUGAAGCUCUGUGUCCUCUUCAAAGCAUCGUGUGCUGCCAGCAGUCACAGAUCCAGAAUGCUGAGAAGAGGAUGAAUCCUCCAGGUCAUCUGAGACAUCAAAGUGUCUUUGCUGCUGUCCCUUCGCGACAGUCCUCGGGUCCGACCGGGGUACCAUCUGCUUCCCCUCAUCCCCCCCUUUGUCCCUAUCCAGAUCCUUCCCCCCUUCCCUGCCCCCAGUAGUGACCAUCCCAGAGGGAAGGAAAGGCGACCCAGCCUCUGUAAAUAUGCCUGGAUGGAGGUCUCAUUGGCGUCUCGUUCUCCUGAACUCCCUGACCUGUGGCCUGGAGAUCUGUGUGGCAGCUGGGAUCACAUACGUUCCUCCACUGCUGCUGGAGGCUGGAGUAGAAGAGCAGUACAUGACCAUGGUGCUAGGCAUCGGGCCAGUGCUCGGCCUGUUGUUCAUCCCCCUGAUCGGCUCGGCCAGUGACCAGUGCAACAGCAGUUACGGCAGGAGGCGGCCUUUCAUCUGGCUGUUUUCGAUGGGAGUCCUUCUGGCGCUUUUCAUUAUUCCCCACGCUGACAUCCUGGCAGCCCACGUUGCUUGGGGUGGCCGCACGCUCCAGGUGGGCUUCCUGAUCCUUGGUGUUGGGCUCCUUGACUUCUGUGGACAAGUUUGCUUCACGCCGCUGGAGGCUCUUCUGUCAGACUUGUAUCGGGAUGAGGAGGACUGCAGCCAAGCCUUUGCCAUGUUCUCCUUCAUGGUGAGCUUGGGAGGCUGUGUGGGUUAUUUGCUACCUGCGCUGGACUGGAGUCACGGCCUCCUCUCUGUUUACUUGGGAGGCCAAGCAGAGUGCCUCUUUUCCCUCCUCAUCCUCAUCUUCAUCUCCAGUGUGCUAAUCACCAUGAAGGUGUCCGAGGAACCCUCUUGUGCCAACAGCGGCUCGGGAGAGUCGGGAUCUCUACUGGAGCCGGGGACCGGUGUGAAGGAGGCCGGCCGGUGUGGCGUGCCACGCUCGUGCUGCUACCUGCUGAAGUGCAAGCUGAGGCUCCUCAAGUCUGGACCCCUGAUCUGCUUACUGAGGACAUGCUGGUCCAUGACGCCGGCCAUUUACAGGAGCUACUGCCACGUUCCACGGGUGAUGAGGCAGCUGUGCGUGGCUCAGCUCUGCAGCUGGAUGGCUGUCAUGUCUUUUAUGCUUUUCUACACAGACUUUGUGGGUGAAGGCCUUUACGAGGGCGUGCCCAGUGCAUUACCAGGGAGUGUGUCCAAACAAAGAUAUGAUGAAGGAAUCCGUAUGGGCAGCAUGGGCCUGUUCCUGCAGUGUGCUACCUCAACCUUUUUCUCUCUGGUUAUGAGUCGUUUGGUUCGGCAUUUGGGAUCCCGGUGGGUUUACCUGAGCAGCAUGGUGAGCUUCACAGUCUCCGCUUUGGUCAUCUGCCUGUCCAAAAGCGUCGUCUUGGUCACUGUAAUGGCAGCUCUCACUGGCUAUGCAUACGCAACGCUGCAGACCCUCCCUUACACACUCACCUGCCAUUACCACAAGGAGAUAGAGGUCUACAUGCCAAAAAGAAUAACCAAAAGCAGACAUAAAAACAGUGUAACAGCCAUGCGGGACUCUGUGUCUUUGACUCCUGUGGAAGAGGAGGGUGGACUGAACCAUCAAACAGGGCCUCCUUACAGGCACGCCUUCUUCAGCCAGGACAGUUACGAGUACUACCCCGGCCCGCAAAGCCAAAACGGUUCGUCUCACAGCUCCAACGUCCCCGAGCAGGACGAAGCCGAGUCGGGCUUUGAGAAACGCGGUGUGGGCUUGGACUUUGCCAUCUUAGACAGCACCUUUCUCCUCUCUCAGGUUUUCCCCACCCUCUUCAUGGGCAUGAUUGUUCAGUUUGCUCAGUCCGUCACUGCCUAUAUCGCUUGCUCUGCCAUCUUUGGAGCCGUUGCCAUCUACCUGGCCAGUCAGAUUGUCUUUGACCAAAAGGACCUCAGAAACUGAGUGAUGGGAUCGCCAAUAAUCAACCCUUCAGGUUCCACGAGUGGUACUCGGUGCACUACUGUUCCCAGAAAGCCUUUUGCUAGUAACAUUGUUUUGCUUUCACCGACACUCUGCAUUAAGGUAUAUCUGUUAGCGUGUGGCGUGUGAAACUGGCUUACCGAAGAUAAAGUCAGGAGCCGUUUGCCGUGUUAUAGCAGGAAUUAUCUGCUACCAGAAGAGUCACCACCUGCUCAGGUCUGAUGAGGUACAAUGUGUACUGAAACCUAUUGAAUUCAACAGACGUGUCUCUUUAAAACUGUCACGGCAUAAUUUCUGUCCACCUUUUUCCUCAGGUACCUUCUAACAGAUUUACUGUACAACCCGUCAACCUCGAAUACACCAACUAACUUUUCUGAUUUGUAUUUUUUAAUUAUCUUAAGCUACAGUUUUACACAGUGCAGUCUGUUUUUGUCUUUGCUCACUCGUCUUCACUGUCACUAAGGCAUUUUCCAUAAUGGUCAUCUUACUUAAUGACAUUUAAAAUUAAAUUAGGUGAGUGUGGGGAGUCGUCAAUCAUUUUAAUGCAAGAUGGCAGAACAGAUAAAUUGGUUUCCUCAGAAAUAUGCUACUUUAUUCAUUAAUUUGAGACCCUCCAGAGAUGGUCUUGCCAACUCUGUAUGAUCUCUUAUUAGACCGUCCUUUCCUGCUAAAUGUCAUCAUCUUUCUACUUUAUAAUCGACCUUUUUUCUGUCAAAUGUGCUAUCGUCAUUACACUUGACUAGUCUCCACCAUAAGUAAACUAACUCCAUAUGUAGGUGGGGUACAUAUGGGGAUGUGGUAGUUCUGUUGGGCCAUCAGUAUCAUUUUCAUCCUUUGAUGAAACGAAUUUCUCCUCCUGGGAUUGGUCAUGUCCAGGACGAUGGCAAGUGGGAGUCACCGAAAGGUGAAAAUGUGACUCAUUUUCUUCAGUCACAGCAUCUCAUCCUUAUUUAACACCUAUGGGAAAUUUUGUACCAGUGGUAGACGGCAAUCGCGUGCACCGUCAGGGUGUUUCAUUCCUCCUGUAUAUUUCCAAAGAUUUGGAGCGGCAAUGCCAAGGCCUGUUCUGGCCCAAAGCCUUAUUAGGAGACCUUUUUUUCUGUCACCAGUCAGUGAGCCAUACUCUGAGUCUCCUCUUAUCCCUCCCUUCCAUGUCUAGUGCCAUCUUUUAGUGCUGUUUACUGCGAAUAUUUGCAUACAUUUUUACUGUAUAAUCCCUAUGGGAAUUUGUUAUGCAACGUGCUGAAGUGAAGUUUCUGACUGUGAUGAUUUAGCAAUUAGGCUGUUCAGCUGAAUCGGAAUAUCGCAUCAAAUGUCCUUUGUGUAGAUAAUCAAGAGAAGUAAUCUAGACUAGUGGACUGCUUAUCCUGUCGAGUAAUAAUAACACACUUUCCCCGUUGCCUAAGCCCCGUUUAAGUUUGUUUUUUUUUUUUUAAAUGACAAUCUAGGACAUCCAGAUGGGCUUGUUAUAUAAUCCCAGACGUGAACGGUAAACAUGCAGAGUGAUGUCUUAUGGAUGCCCACGUCAUAGCAACCGUUCUGGAAAACAUCUCCCAAAAAGUUAUGCAGUGCAUGUCAACAUUUGGUUACUGAAAAUCAUGCAAGCAAGGGCAAUGAAGGCCGUGCGUGUUUGUAUGUAUGCAUAACAUGGAGGACAGAUUGCAAGAAGUCAUGAGUAAGUGUGAGAGUAAUAGUUGGUAUGACUCAAAUGCAUUUUUUUUCUUCUCUUGCUGCACUGACAGCAAGAGGAAAGAGUAGCCUGAAUAAUGCUUUACAUCACAAAGCAUCAUCUUGGCCAAAAUGAUGAAGAAUCCAUGUUUGUGUCAGUUACUGAGUUCUUGCUGAGAAUUUGUGUUGAGUCCUUCUUUUCUGAUCCUACACAAACUGUUCAGUUGGUACAACAGAAGGAUCCUAUUUCCUGCAUGGAAGACCAGAGAAUUUGUCAUGUUGACAUUACUGCCAAGUAGAACGCUCAAGCAAUCGACUUAUCCUCCAUGUCUAGCAUUAACUGAAAUGUCAAAAAAGGUUGUUUUACAAGUGCCUGUACAUUUUCCAAACAUGUUUUGUACAUAUGUAUUUAUUUAUUAUGCUUUUAUUACAAUAUAGCAUGUAUUAAAACUAUUGGACUUUUUUUUUGGCAUCUGUCACAGGUGCAGGGGUGAAGGCUCUUUCUGUGAAAAUAAAUUAUUUGUAUUGAUGUGUUAUAGAAGCAUUCGUAAAGCUGUAAUUUAUUUUAAUAUUACCCAUUUCACCCCCUCUGUUGGCUUUGGGGACACUGCAGAUCUCGUUGCUGAUGUCUGUUAUGCCCUUUACACAAGCGACAUGGUUUGAGUUUCCUUUUCUGUUUUCAUGGUUCAUUUAAGAAAUCGUGUCCUUUGUCAGCAGUGAUUCGUCGGGGUCAUACGUCUCAUCAGUGGUCAAUAAACAGUUUCUGUUAACUGCAGUUGUCUGUAACUGGAUGAGUGGAGGUGUUCUCACACCAAAUGGCCUGUAUUAUUAAAACAAAGUGACUUAGUGAUUUAAGGCCAGAAGUUGUUUUUGAUUUUCUGUUUUAUCACAUGACUUCAGUUACUUAUUUCAGAGUUUAUAUCAUUUUCAUUGUACACCUGUCAGGCUGUGUAUAAAUGUGCAG